AUGUCGUCGGCGACAAAAGGUGGUAAAGAGGCAGCGGAGAUGAAGGUUAGUGACAGUAACAUUCACUGGGCUUUAGGGAAGGCGGGGGAAGAUCGGGUACAUGUGGUUGGGGGACUUUUUGUUGGAAUUUAUGAUGGGUUUAAUAGCCCUUAUGCCCCUGAAUUCUUGAUGGGUAAUCUUUACAAAGAUUUUUAUAAUGAAUUAGAGGGUCUUUUAUGGGACAAUGAAAAUAACACUCCUCAAGAAUUACAAAAUUUAACUUCUGAAAACACAUUAAUUGCAGAGAAUUCAAAUCGAUUAGUACAAAGUACUAGUCAAGAGAUUGACGGGUUGUUGAUUAAGAAAAAGGAUAAUAAGAAAUUGUUUCCAUGGAGAUUUGGAUUGGAAGGGGAAGAGAAACCAAAAGUGGAGGAAAAUAGAGUGGAGGAAGAGAGGAAUAGAGGAAUAGAGGAAGUGGGAACAGGCGGAAGGCGGAAGGUGGGACCGAUUGAUCAUGGGUUGGUUCUAAGGGCAAUGCCGAGGGCUCUGGAAAUAACUGAGCUUGCAUAUUUGGAUAUGACAGAGAAGGUUCUUGAUCGUUAUCCAAAGCUUGCACUCAUGGGUUCUUGA